CCAUAUCUGAAAAAAAAGCUCGUGUUACCACUUGUUUUAUUUACAGAUGUCUGCCGACAAGUGUAUUUCUUACAACGCAUUGCUGAUAAAGCCCUAAUUGGUCACGUGAUCAAAACGAUACCAGUGGAGACAGAUGACCAUUGUGAGAUUGCUUGUUUCCGCGACCUCAUGUGUCUCUCCUAUAACAUAGGACCCAAACAGGCUGGUGGACAUCAAUGUGAGCUCAGCAAAUCGGAUCACAUCCGAGACCCUGCUGAUUUAGUUCCUAUGGCAGGGUACAUAUACAGACCAACUGAGGUACACAAUGUAAUGACAAUUUCUGAGUUCCAAAACACCUUACCCUCAGAAUGAUGCUAAAUUAGCAAAACUUUCGUCGUAAGAAUGGAGUUUAUUUUCAUUAGGAGAAAAUAUGAUUUCCGCUUAAAGGUUUCGAACGAUAAUAGCCUCGUUUUGAAACAAUGUUGGAGAGUAGGAGAAUGGAGAAUAAUGUUGACUGAUAAUCUAACUUUACAAGUUUAAUUUUGAAAAUGAAGUCUCGUCAAUUUUUAUUUAUUUAAAAUAAAUAUGCCGUGUAGCUGACUUAAAAAAAAGAAAUUGCGUAGGGUUUUACUAAAUUCAGGGAACAAAUUUAUCCCCUUUGGCAAGAUUCUAGUCAGUCAGCAGGUGUCAUCGAUAAGUUUUCGAAUUCUUUGCUGAUGUAUUUAACAAACAAUAUAUAUUUUGGGAUUGAAUGCGACAUACUGUAACUUCUUUGUAUCGGGCACACUCACUUAACUCUUAUUUUUUUCCCGGAAUUACGCCGUUAUUUGAAUCUCCAAAGUUUUGCCAACUUCAUUUUCAAGUUCCGGCGAAUAAGCCAGAAUAAUGUGACCAAUAUUUCAUUUAUUUCUUGGUUAGAGUCGUUGUUCGUCAAGUCCUUGCCCUGAUAACGCCACAUGUGUUUCCCUCACGGAUACAGCUUUCCAGUGUCUGUGUCCACCAGGAUUUACCGGGAACAGCUGUGAAACGGGUAUGUUAAGCAAACCAAGCAAUUAAGUGUCACCUCAUGAAUUAACCCUUUAUCUCCUAGAAGUGAUUAACAUGAAAUUUCUCCCUAUAAUAUCCAUACAUUAUUCAGCAAACAGGUAAUGAGAAUAUUCGAACUUAUCAGAUAGAAGCUGCUAUUUUGAUCUAGCACCAAGCUCUAGUAACUUAUUUACAAGGAAAUGUGAAGCAGCUAGAGGGGAGAAUUAACAAUCAGAUCUUGGGAGUUAAAGGGUUAACGCGAUUGUUUUUAGUUUUGCAUUUGAUUGCGUGAAUUGAUUGAGAGGAUAGAGCGAGUAUUAAUGACCAGUCACAGAACGAGGUAAAGUAAAUUCAAAGCAAGUCAGGAUCACUUUCGAUGCUUGACCUAACUGACCUCCCUGAGCUGAUUUUCCUCGUCACUCAUUUGAAAGUCGCUCUUUGUUACAGACUUAGACGAGUGUGAAACCAACCAGUUCAACUGCCCGGUUAACGAGGACUGCGUUAACACCGUGGGCUCAUAUGUAUGCAGCUGUGUCAGCGGUGUGAACGAUGACGUAGGAGUUUGCCAGCUUACUACAGGUAAGCUAAUGGGAAACGUUCGCAAGAAAGUAUGAUGCCUUAAGCAACGCGAAUCGGCGGGAGGUCUGUAAGGAACUUUAUUUUUAACGCAAUGCAAGCUACAACCUGAGGGACUUCGAGAACAAACUUAAUGUUGGAAUACCACCAACAAAUUCAUUUUAAAAUAUUUUUAGUUAUAGUGGCCCCACGUUGUGGAAUAGCCUUCCUUGCGAGGCUGGAUGCGCGGAAUCCCUCGGGUCGUUCAAACGAGAAAUCAAUAAAGCUCUCUAAGGCUCGGUGAUAUAGUGUAAUUAUUACAAUUAAUAGUUAACAGCUUUUAAUCCUUUGUAAAUAGCUGGUGAAUUACCCGUGACUGCUUAGAUUUUAAUGACAAACACUGAUGAUGUCAGACCUCCGGCUAACCUCUUCCCGACUCGUUUCAUAUCUUCCCACGGGCGGAAAAAAGCGUGUCCUAUAUCGCUAAUAACGAGGCCUGGUAUCUAACUUCUUUUUUUUUCUCUCUCUCUCUCUUUGAAAGGAACUGAUUGCAAGGAGAUCAAAACCACAGUCCCGAGUGCUCCAGAUGGGAUGUACGAAAUACAACCGAACAUCGGGAACAGCAAAUUCUGGGCGUAUUGUGAUAUGACGUCAUUUGGAGGAGGAUGGACGAUGUGUUACUCUACUGACGAUCUUGCUGACCCUAAAACAGAAGUGACCUAUGACGAGAAUUAUCGCUAUGGCACAAAUGGUUACCGAACUGACUGCAAUAAUGUUCAGGUGAUUUAAAGAGGUUAAGGUGCAAGAGUUUAAUUUUGAGGAAUAACGAUGUUUGGCAAAUCCUGGCUUAUGUGUUUGUCAUAUUUCAGGCGCCAUAAUGAGUAAUCAGCCUGAUAAAUAGCUUAUAAACACUCUCUUGCCCUCAUGUUGGGAGGUUCUUAAUCGUUUUUUUUUUCUGGAAAUAUUUUAUAUUUUCAUUGGGAGUUUUAUCUUUUAUAUUCUAUAUUUAGGUUUUUACAUAGGUGUACCAUACUUUAGAUGAGGACUGACAGUGAUCCCCCCUGGAAAGCCAAAUUUACUACAAGAAUUUCAGUACCUUCUGUACUGUACUUCAUUUGGUCUACCACUCAUAAUUUGUACACGAGUCACUGUUUCCUAAAUUUGAUGACCACAUUUUCAAAAUAAGAACCUGUUCUUUUUUUGGAAUGCUGAACUAUUUCUCAUCACUGGAAUGGUGCUUUUUUCAUCAAGUUUCAGUCUGAAGAUUCUUAAUCUACUUGGUCUUGCUCCCCUAACCUAAUCAUCUUAUUCAACACGACAGUCUUUUUCUGCCUGUUUUUUUUUGCUUGCAGUUUCGGGAAAUUCUCUUUGUGGAUGAGACCACGAAUGAAAAGGCUUUCUUUACCUAUAAACUUCACUCCAGUCUCGUCGCAGAGGGAAAUUACCAGACACAAAUUUCUGGCCUGUGGCUAGGUGGAGGUGUAGCUAACACAAGUCAUGAGUACCAGCUUCUUAUCUGUGACCACAGCUUUUACUCUGGCUUUUUCAUAUCCGGUUAUACAAACUGUUAUAAGCACUGCAAUACUUGGUGUGGUGAUACGCUCACCCCUUACUUCAGGUCAGCGUCCACUAAUUCACGUUAUGCCGGAGUCGCCUUCAACGUCAAUGGACAUCGGCCGCGAAGCAGCAGACUGAUGAGUGUUGGACUGAGAUAA